AUUCAUUAUUCCACAACUUAACCACCUAUCGAAAUUUUUUACUCUAAACCCUAACAUCGAUUGAAAUAAAUAUUUUCCUACUAAACCAUCCAUAUAUCAAUCAUACAUGGAAAUGCAGCUUCCAAAUGUACACUAAAAACCCAGAAAACUAAACAAAAAAUUAAAUAAAAGAAAAGAAAAGCAUACUCAAUUCUAACUCCAUUGCUGCCAUGAGAGAAGUAGCGGGUGACAUUAUCAUGAACCCAACUCCCCGCAGCCUUCCUGGACGAGUUCAAGGUCUUGAGCAUGGAAUUGGGGAUGCCCACAGUGACAGCGAUGUUGGAGGCGGAGAGAGCUUGCAGCACAAGUGGGUCAGCAUCAAAGAGCCUUACUUUGGUGAUCUCGUUGGCCUUCAAGAGCUCCACCACCUUGGACGGUGGGAGAGGGUGCGACGACAUGGUGCCCCAGUUCAAGCCGAUGGCUCCGGCCGUCGAACCUUGGUACAGUAUGCACGAAAGGAGAAAGAGAGCACAGAGACUCGGACGCAUCGAGAGUUUGGCGAGUGGGUGUCUCUGUUCUGCUCGCAUUUUCAAAAGAAGGAUCUUUGCUCUGAAGCUCGCAAUGGGCAGUGAACAUUAAUGGCAAAUUUGCUCGCAUGCCUUCUUUUUUUCACGAUUUUUUUAUUUUUUACAUUUAAAUGCAUUACACAAUAAAUAAUAACUCUUUUU